AUGGCCACGCCGGAGAUCUUUCAUGGCGGAGCCCACAGCUUCAUAAGACUCGUCGUCGGAGGCAUGUGCUGCAUGACAUAGUGUCUUUGGUUUUUCUUUCUUUUGGACUCUGAUGGAAACCUCACUCGGGCAAUUGUCACCAGCUUUUGCACUGUUUAAAAACCAAAUCUUUGGUUCUCCUACCAUUUCAUUUUCUUCUUUGAAAUCCCAGCACAGUCCAUCAAGAAAGGGUACUCGUCAAAAAGUUGGGAUUAGCAAGUUUGGGAACUUCCUUGACUUGAAGCCAGAGUCACAACCUGAGUUCUUGGAUUUUGAACUCCCUUUGUAUGACCCCUCUUCUGAUCGGUCCCGCUUUGAUGUGAUCAUCAUUGGCACCGGCCCGGCUGGUCUCCGCCUCGCUGAGCAAGUGUCCCUUCAUGGAAUCAAGGUAUGUUGUGUUGAUCCUUCACCGUUAUCUGUCUGGCCUAACAAUUAUGGAGUCUGGGUUGAUGAGUUUGAGAAUUUGGGGCUUGAAGAUUGUUUGGAUAAAACAUGGCCAAUGGCUUGUGUCUAUAUCGAUGACCAGAAGACCAAAUACCUAGGUAGAGCCUAUGGUCGAGUUGGGAGGGAGAAAAUAAAGUCUAAGUUAUUGGAGAACUGUCUCUGGAACCCAGUAAAGUUCCACAAAGCUAAGGUUUGGAAAGUGAAGCAUGAGGAGUUUGAAUCAGUUAUUGAGUGUGAUGAUGGAAGUGAGCUUAAGGCAAGCUUAGUUGUAGACGCAAGUGGUUUUGCGAGCACUUUUGUAGAGUAUGAUAAGCCCAGAAACCAUGGAUAUCAGAUUGCUCAUGGCAUUCUGGCUGAAGUUGAAAAUCAUCCUUUUGACUUAGACAAGAUGGUUCUUAUGGAUUGGAGAGAUUCACAUCUGCAAAAUGAACCUUACUUACGAGUUAAAAAUUCAAGAUUGCCAACUUUUCUUUAUGUAAUGCCAUUUGAUUCACACUUGAUAUUCUUGGAAGAGACUUCUCUAGUUAGCCGGCCAAUACUGUCUUACAUGGAAAUAAAGCAGAGGAUGGUGGCAAGGCUAAGGCACCUGGGGAUCCAAGUGAAGAGGGUAAUAGAGGAUGAGAAGUGUGUGAUCCCAAUGGGAGGUCCUCUCCCCAAAAUCCCUCAAAGUGUAAUGGCUAUAGGUGGCACUUCUGGGAUAGUUCAUCCUUCAACAGGGUACAUGGUGGCUCAGGCCAUGGCUUUAGCUCCAGUUGUUGCUGAUGCCAUUGCAGAAUGUCUUGGCUCAACCAGAAUGAUCAGAGGGAGACCACUUCAUGACAGGGUUUGGAAUGGGCUAUGGCCAAAUGAGCUGAGAAGGGUCAGGGAAUUCAACACUUUUGGCAUGGAGACUCUGCUGAAGCUUGAUUUGAAUGCGACAAGAGGGUUCUUUGAUGCUUUCUUUGAUUUGGAUCCUUAUUACUGGCAAGGGUUCCUUUCUACUAGGUUAUCUCUCAGAGAGCUAGUUUCUUUAGGCUUAUCUUUGAUGUUGGGUGCCUCAAAUUCCUCCAAGUUUGAUAUUGUUACAAAGUGCCCUGUCCCUCUGGCUAGAAUGAUGGGUAAUCUAGCUCUUGAAGCCAUUUGAUAUCAUUUUGAUUUUCUAUAAAUAAAUGCUAUUCUAAAUUAUUCAGAGUUAGUUCUAUACUUAUUUUCUAAAUGUGUUAUCUUUUUCCUUUUGAGUUAGAUCUACUUUUCUUUUCCAGAGGAUUUGUUUUUUACAUUUACUACCAUACAUGCUUUGAAUCUCAUAACUCAAUAAACUGUUCAAAAUUGU